AUGAAACCAAAACAAACCAAGCCAAACAAAAUUUCAAGAAGUAAAAAAAAAAAAACUAUCUUAUCCACAAAAACCUCCACCAAAAUCCAAAUCCAGUAUAUUCGAAAUUCUUUAGAAAAUAUUAAAAAUAUUUAUCACAACAAUGCUAAUAUGAGUAAACGACAUAACAAGACCGAUUCAGUCAAUUUAGGAGAUCCAUUACCAUUGACAUAUUUACCAACGAGACGACCACAACAACAACAACAACAACAACGACAACCAUCGGGUAGUUUACAACAAUCCACGUCAAUUGAACCUUUACCACCACCAACAACGAAACCAACCACAUCUUCAUUGUUGUCACGACUAGUAAACAAUAAUCUUUCAGCACCAGCACCAGCACCAGCACCGGCACCAGCACCAGUACCACUACCGUUACCACAUGUAAGAAUACCGAGAACUUCUACAAUUAAGGAUCGAAUAAAGAACAAAUUACGACAAUUAAUUCAUGAACUUAAUGAAUUGGAAACAUAUGAAGAAGAACAAUUGAUAAUAAUUGAACAAAAAUUAAAUGAUAUUUCUAAUCAUUUAAUUCGAAUUAAUACCACUAAUAUACUUGAUCAAGAAGAACAAGAAGAACAAGAAUUAUUAAAUAAUGUGAAAAGUAAUAUACUGCGAUUACGAUCACAAAAUGAAAAUCAAGAACACGGCAACUUCCAGACAUUCUAUUAUCAACAAAAAUAUUUGAUAUGGGGGAUAAUUAUAUUGAUUAUAUCAUUUCUUAUAAGUUCUUUGAUAGUUGCUGAUUUCAAGUAUCAAUAUUGUUAUUACUUUUGUUAA